AUGCAGGCAGCAGCUGCCGUCGCACCCUUAGCGUUCGGAGUCUGUCGGCUCUCCAUGUUGGCGUUGGAGCGGGGUGUCACGGCGGCGGUUCUUCUUCCCCUUGCAGUGGAGUCGGGGCCGGGACCGGGGCCGGUGAAUGGGGAAGUGUCCAACGAUGAGGAAGGGAGCAUGAACGAAAGUGAUACGGGGGAUCUUCACGACCAGGACAGUUUGGACUCGAACGAUGGCAAUGAUGCUGCUACCCCGUCUGGUGCUCUCAACUUGGUGACUGGCCUGUCCCGUUCGGGACCGGGACCCGGGACGUCAGGUGGGAUCCCUCAGCCUCCCCCUCCUCCCCCUCCUCCUCUCACCCUUCCUCCCAUCCCAACGACAACCGUACCUACCUCAUCAUCCAACUCGAUGCCCGGUAGCCCCGGGACCCCGAACGGGGGAGGGGGAUCUCCGGCAUCCUCGUCGCCCCCACUCACCCCGACGCCCACCCACACCCCCACGCCCACCGCGUCCGUCUCCGCCGCCACCGUGCAGGCCGCCCUGGCUGCCAUUCAAGCCGGACAGCUCUCUCUCAAUCAGGUGGGUUCAUUUCGUUCCCUCUCGACGGUCGCGGGCGUGCCGUGUCGGACUGGGAAAUUGCUUGCUGUCGAAACCGAUUAUUCAGCAAUGCAUACAUGA